GUGGUGUUCAGCUGGUUCAGCUGCAUUUGACAGCGAGAAGCAAGAAGCGAGGUUUUGGGAUUUUGAAGCAAAUUUUCACUGCAGAAGGAAGACAUUUUAAUUAGGCAUCAUUCCUCUCUGUCAAUUCAACUAUCUUAGCUCUUCGGGGGAAUAACAUGGACAGUGCCCUGCCCCUGUCUUCGCUGAGGCUCCUGGUUCCACCUCUGCGGGUGAUGUCAGCUGUGAUGUGGAAGGUGGUUCGUCUGAGGAACAUCAAGCUUUAUGGGAAAGUGGAGGAGUUUUUGUCUCUGGUAACUGAAGCCAUCCCUGACAUCUUGACAGAGAAACAGAUGAGACUGCUCACUUUGGGUUUAAGAGCAAAGAUGACAUUACAGAUGUUACGUUCUGAACAGUCAGAGGAUCUCAGAGAUGUAAAAAUGCACUUGAGCAGCCUCCUGCCACCUAGCUCAAAACAGGCUCAUCCCAGAAGUGAAGCUCUUGAAGACAACUUUGUCAAGCUUGUUCAAAGACUCUUGGAGGACCCAAAAGGGAGAGAGCACUUCCUGAAGAAUGUGUUUCCUGUGGAGUACGGGCCUGACUUUGAUGCAGCUCUGGAGACACUGGUUUGUGAGUUCUUCACCAGACUGGAAGAGUUGCUGCUUAUACCAGACUUUAAGCAGACGGAAGUAUGGAUCAGUGAUACACCCUCUGUGCUAGAAGAGUACAUGUGGUGUGUAUCCAGCGCAGAUGACCUCAAAGUACUGCUCAGAAGCAGGGCUAACUGUGGUAAAAUGACUAAGAUGGAUACCAGUGUGCCUUCUCACUCAGAGCAGCGGCUCUUCUCAUCGUUAUCUCUCCCUGCUUCACUGCGAGAGACUGGCAGCAAAGAUGUGGAAUAUAACGCACAAACAAUUGAAAACCUACCUGAGGGGCUUUCUCAUCAGGAGGUGGGAGAUAUGGGGAUACAGGAUGCAAGAUGGCCAUCUGAGGAUGAGGAAACACACCUUCUGGACAGCAGCAGUGCAGAACAAACAAGAGGAGAGAAAUGCAGUGACAGCACUCCUGAUGUUCACAUUGUGGAGGAAUAUGAUGAUCGAGCUCCGGCCACCUGCCGAGCUCCGUCUACAUCUACUGACACUCCUGUACUGUCCAGCUCUAUGAUUUGCCCUCCACGGCAGAGAGUUGCACACAAAUGCACUCAGUGUGGAAAGUGCUUCAUUUACCGCUACGAACUCCUGGAGCAUCAGAGGCUGCACACCGGAGAAAACCCUUACAGGUGCUCUCAGUGCGGAAAGGCUUUUAGGAGGACCUCUGACCUGUCGUCUCACAGGAGGACACAGUGCAUAAAAGCAGCUUAUAUUUGCAUCAAAUGUGGGAAUAGCUUUCAGUCAAUACAGGAGAAAUUUAGACACCAGUGUGUUCACAGUGUCCAGAAGUUUGACUGUUCUCAGUGUGGAAAAAGCUUUAAGAAAAUGCACUUGCUGGGCAAGCACGAGCUGACUCACACCCAGAACCGUAUCUUCACAUGCAGACAGUGUGGGAAGGUGUACCCCGGUAUGAGUGAGCUGAGAUCCCACCAGAAGAUUCAUCCCCCUGAACUGUCCAAUCAGUGCAUGCAGUGUGGGAAAUUUUUCAGCUCUUCUGCCUGCUUGACCGCCCAUGAGGUGCGCCACAGGCAACAGAGAACACAGAUCUGUGCCCGUUGCGGCAAAGCCUUCAAGAACAAACAUGACCUGAACCUUCACAUGCGCAGUCACACAGGCGAGAGGCCGUUUCAGUGCACAUACUGCGGGAAACGUUUCUCUGUGUCAGGAAACCUGAACAUACACGUAAGAACCCACACCGGAGAGAAACCUUAUCUGUGCUCUGACUGCGGCAAGGCUUUUAUUUCAGCCGGCGAGCUGCAGAUACACAGACGCACCCACACGGGGGAGAAGCCAUACAAGUGCACUGUAUGUGGGAGAGGUUUCACCAUGGCGAGCAAGGUGACACUUCAUAUGCGCGUUCACACCGGGGAGCGCCCUUAUGUCUGCCCUGAGUGUGGAAAGGGUUUUUCACGUGGCAGCGAAUUGAAAAAACAUAGCAUGAACCACACGGGGGUUCGACCCUACGCUUGUCAGCUGUGUGCAAAGACUUACACAUGCCUCAAUCACCUGAAGAGACACUUGAAAACUCACAGUGUAAUCCAAAACCAGUCGGUCUAAUUCCAUCAAUUAAUGUAUGGCUUGUAAUUUUUUCCAAAAGAAACAUUGUAUUCAUGCAGCUAGCCUGUACUGAUUGUGGUGUUGUCUUUGUUCACUGUGUAAUAGGUUUCACACUCACCCUGUUUUGUAAGGACUAGGUUGCAAAAGUUAACUUUCACUAUGUAUCCUGCGUUGUCAGAUCUGUUCUGAUUGUAUCCUCUAAAAUCCUAGAAGUGCAGUUUUUGGGCCUGAUAUUUAAGUGUAUAACUUUUGUUCUCUUCAACCAUAAAACAUAUUUUCAAAGGUCUCCAAGAAGGCAUUCAAAAAUACAAUAAAUCCCAACUGGUCUA